AUGAAAUAUUUUACAUCUGCCAUUCUUUUAUUAAUCACCGCUUCUAUUGCGGUGACUGUCGAUGCCAUCGUAACGGGGACCUACUUUGACCGAAUUGUUUUUGUUAUAUUUGAAAACACUGCGUAUGGUACAGCGGCCGCAUUACCAUAUAUGCAGGAUUUAACUACUCGUUCUAAUGGCCUCCUCCUUUCCAAUUACUUUGCAAUCGGACAUCCGUCUCAGCCAAAUUACAUUGCCACAAUUUAUGGCUCAACCGCUGGUAUCACGGACGAUAACAGUCAUAAUGUUGCAGGAAACAAUCUAGUUGACCUUCUUGAAGCCAAAAACGUUUCUUGGAAAGCUUAUAUGGAAAAUUAUCCUGGCAACUGCUUCACUGGUACUUUUGCACCUUCGGGUACUGACCUUUACGCAAGGAAACAUGAUCCUUUCAUUUCAAUGAACGAUAUAAGACAAAACUCCGCCCGUUGUGCGAAAAUAGUUCCUCUCACCCAACUCGAUACUGACAUAACCAACAAUGCUGUACCACAAUAUGUUUAUGUUGUACCAAAUCAAAAUGAUGAUGGACAUGACACUAAUGCAACAUAUGCGAUACAAACUUGGUUUAAAAAUUGGCUUGAACCAAAACUUCUGCAACCUGCUUUUACAACAAAUACAUUAAUCUUUUACACUUGGGAUGAAGAUGAUAAUACUGGAAACAAUCAUGUUUUUGCUGGUCUUCUAGGUACCCCCGUUGUACCCCCCUCUAAUCAUAAUGAUUCUACCGCUUAUAAUCAUUAUUCAUUCUUGAAAACCGUAGAGCAAAAUUGGAAUACUGGAAAUUUGAAUAGGAAUGAUGUCGGUGCGACUGCAUUUACUCAAUACUUACAUCAUCCUUAA